ACCAGCGGCCAGUAGCUGUUCGUGGCGAAUGAUGGUGGAGUUUAUGUUAUGCGUUGCAUGAGUGCAAAUGGUUAUGAGCGAUCAACGAACGAUGAUGCAGUGGUGUGGCUUCUGAGAAACGGGAGGAUUGUCGUUUAGAUCGUCGUAUUGAUAUUGCUUCCUCGGUUGAGCGAUCGUAUUUCCUGAUCGUCGGUCACGAUGGCCCUCAGCCAGACAAGCGUAUUGAAACUAUACAAUACUGUGAUAGAAGAUGUAAUAACAGGAGUACGGGAAUCGUUCAUAGAUGAAGGAGUAGAUGAACAGGUUCUCCAAGAACUUAAACAAAUAUGGGAAACAAAACUGAUGGCCAGCAAAGCUGUAGAAUUAAAUCCAGAUCCACCAGAACCACAAGUUCCUCAAAUCAACACGCAUAAAGCUGUGACUGUCAAUAAAGCUAAUAUAGGAAAUCAUUUUAUACAACCAUCUGCUGGAAAUGCAGUAUCGCAAACGCAACCUCAACAGCAAUCGCAACAGCAGCAGCAAGCGCAAUCACAGCAACAACAACAAGCGACACAACCACAGCAACACACACAUUCUACAGGAACAUCAUUACAACAGCAGCAGCCACAGCAGCACUCGACAACGCCGGUGCAGCAAGUGGUAACUGCAUCAGCUGCUGUACUUGACCGACAAGUGCCCAUACAGAUCACCCUACCUCCACAAGCUGGCAUGCCAGAUGGACCACAGCGAAUUUUAAGCAUACAAGUUCCUGCAUCUGCUCUUCAAGGAAACCAGUUGCAUACAAUUUUAACAGGUCCCGUAAUUUCCGCAGCUAUGGGUCUUCCAGCAAAUUUAGCUUCAACUUUGUUGCAACAACAUGUGAAUUCUACAUUGCAAGGGCAAGCAACAUUAGCUCCGUUACAAGUAAAUCAACCACUUCAAGUGGUCACCCAAAGUACAAACAGUGUCACAACACAGAGGCCACCUCAAAAUCAACAACAAAAUAAUAUAAAUCAGUUAGAUGGAGGAGUAGGUGAUUCCACUGACGAUGAUGAUGAAGAGGAAGAAGAUGAUAAUGAUGAUGACGAUGAAGAUCUUGAUGAAAAAGAAGAGGAAGAAAAUGAUGAAGCAGCAGCUCGUGAGGAGGAACCUUUAAAUUCCGAAGAUGACGUUACAGAUGAUGAUCCCGCUGAUCUCUUUGAUACAGACAAUGUAGUAGUCUGUCAAUAUGAUAAGAUUACAAGGAGUCGAAAUAAAUGGAAGUUUUAUUUGAAGGAUGGCAUAAUGAAUCUAAGUGGAAAAGACUAUGUAUUUCAAAAGGCAAAUGGGGAUGCUGAAUGGUAAUUCUAAGUGCGAUGUGAAUAUUGUGUUGCCUACAGGAAGCUCAGGGAUGUAAAGGCAACUUGAUGAUGUGUUCACGUGAAAUGUUUCAUCUUUAAUAAAAGAUGAUUUUUGUAUGAACUGCAACUGGAAUGGCAAUACAGGGGAACAAUGGCAAAAGAAAAUUAUUAUUUUAUCAAAAUGGCAUUAUUUAGUAUCAGUGCUAAUUCCAUAGGUUGACCUAAAUUUAAUUUAUCACAGAAAAUGUUUUGUUUCAUUCUUUAUAAAAUUCUCUCUCCUAUGUUCUAUAUAUAGCAUAUAAUAUAACAUUAUCAGUCUUGAAUAUUUUUAAGUAAAUGUUUUUGUUUUAUUUUAAUUUUUUAUUAAAGAAAAUUCAAAAUCCAAUUAAUGGGUUUCAAAGUUUAAUACAUUCUUUCAUGUAAUGCAAAUUAUGAAUACACAAUGUAAGAAAUUACAUAAAAGUCUCCUAUUAUUAAAAAAAGAACCAUUAUGAAUUGGUUAACUUUCUCUAGCAAAUGAAUAAAUUUUAUUGAAACAGAAAUACAUGAUAUGUUAAUUGAAAUAUCAUAUCAAUUAGUGGCUCUAUAAUAACAUCACGAACAAUGAUUGUGAAGAUGAUGAAUUGUGAAUUUGUACCAUGUAUGUGUGUGUGUGUGUUUUUUGAAAUUCUUGAUUAUAAACUUUUUCAUGUAGAAUGAAGUAUAAAGUUGAGGUAAAAUUUACAUUCAUCUCUUUCCUUACAAUCUGGAAAUAAAAUGAUAUACUAUAUGUGUUUGAGUUCAAGUCUUAAAAGAUUGCAAAACUAUGGCCCAUAUAUGAUGCUUUGAAAUAAUAAUAAAUAAUAAAUGUGUCUGUUA